UUGGACUAACAUUAGCAAAAUGUGUGAAAAGCACUUGUUCUCUGUAUAGGUAUUGAGUGGGCCCUAUUGUCAGAGUCACUUUAUACUUGCAAACGUAGCUUAGCGCAUCACAGUUAUUACUGGCUCUUACAGAAAGUCAGUUUACUCGCGGAGAAACCGUUAUCUCAACUAGACGGCCAACAAAUAAGCUUACACACUGUGGCACGAUAGUUUACGAAUAUAUAGUAUUUUUUUUCUACAUCCAAACUGGGUAUGAUUGGAGACAUGAGUACAAAGGUUAACACAACUUCGAGUCGGAUCCUCGACAUUCCGUGCAAAGUGUGCGGGGAUCGUAGUUCCGGGAAACACUACGGAGUUUACGCUUGCGAUGGUUGCAGUGGCUUUUUCAAGCGAAGUAUUCGACGCAACCGUACGUACGUGUGUAAAAACCGUGGCUCGGGGCCGUGUCCGAUUGACAAGACGCAUCGUAACCAAUGUCGAGCCUGCCGGCUUAAGAAGUGCAUCGAGGUACAGAUGAACAAAGAUGCUGUUCAACAUGAAAGGGGUCCGAGAAACUCGACCAUUAGAAAACAAAUGGCACUCUAUUUGAAGGAAGCAGCAGCUGGGGAAGUUCCACAAGCCUACGGACCAAGAUCGCCCUACCACGGCACAAUUCUCGGGGAAGAAGCCUACCGCGGCCUCACCGUCGCCGUAGACUACCCUCCCAUCACCCCUAUCGUUAUAUGCCAACCAACUCCAAAGCACCAUUACCCAAUCGAGAUGAUGCGAUCGCCCUUAAACAGUGUGGAGAACAUUUGCGAAACAGCAGCUAGACUCUUGUUUAUGAGUAUCCAAUGGACCAAGAAUGUGCCACCAUUUGUAUCUCUGCCACAGAAUGAUCAACUUAACCUAUUGGAAGAGGGAUGGAGGGAGUUGUUUAUCCUAGGUGCUGCGCAGUGGCAAAUGACACUGGAUAGUGGACCUCUCAUGGCUGCUGCAGGACUCCAUUCCGAGAAUACACCACCAGCUAAAGUUGCCGCUGUAAUGAGUGAACUACACGUGCUACAAGAACUCAUUGAGAAAUUGCGACAGUUACAGGUGGACGCUACCGAAUACGCAUGCCUGAAAGGCAUUGUUCUCUUUAAAUCAGAUUUAACGGGACUACAAGAUGUACCUUCCGUAGCUGGCCUCCAAGAUCAAGCGCAAAUGACGCUAAGUAAAUACAUCUCAGCCAUGUAUCCAACACAACCGUUUCGAUUCGGCAAACUUCUGCUCAUCCUGCCGUCAUUGAAGGCUGUCAGGCCUAGUACAAUCGAAGAACUCUUUUUCAGGAAAACGAUCGGUAGCAUUCCUAUUGAAAAACUUCUCUGUGAUGUUUACAGGUCAAAAGAUGUCUGAAGAGAAAAUAUAGACCCUGAAAAACAGUAAAAUACCUACAAAGAUUCGCGAAUAGACGACUGUAUCUGUAAAGACUAUCAAACUGCAAGAAAUACCAUGAGUAUUGGGCUAAUAAAGGUUGUGGCUUGGAUUUGACCAACAAAUAGCAACACGGCCGAAUUACUACACCGAAAGUCAUAAUGUUGUAGACUAUGCGAUAUACGAUACAUUCAUGACGUGUAAGACGAAGUGCAUAAGUGAAAAGAUGACAUGUCCAGAUAUAUGUUACGUAGUCAACCUUCUGUUAAAUGUAUCGCCUCAUACAGGUCUACUACCAAUUCACUUCUUUACUAGAUAUUGAAAUUGAACCAAAUGGAAGUCAAUAGUUUGUUUCGAUAUACGAACACAUUCUACUGACAAAAGUACAGCAGACCAAAAAUGUUAUAUUUUCUUGUUAAUUGUAAAUUGUUAUAAUGUGAUGUAUAGUAAAUUUUAUUAAACGUGCCUUGAAAAGCGACCAAAGUAAUUAGGUAUAGAACUAGAUUAGGUAUAUAGAUAGUAGGUGCUAUCCCUAUAGCUAAAACUAUAAGCAAUUGUCUAUAUACAAGUACUAUUGAUCAACUUUGGUAUAUGUUAUAAAUCGUUAAACAGUUCUAACAUUUACGUACCGAUUUAACUACGAAUACGAACAUAAUGGAUCUACCCGGAGCGUUAAUCCAGCUUAACAACUAACUAACCAAUCAGAACAUGCAAUUUAAUAGCCAUAGAUACGCUCAUGUCCCCACGUCAAGCCAAUUGACGUACAAUUACGCUGUUUUAGGUUCCACACCUUAGCGGAAAGGUUCUACUUCGAAUACCGAUUCACUGUACCUUUUUGUAAAUAAGAAUCACUUAAUAAUUGUUUAAAGUUUGAAAAUAUUACAAAUUUAAGACAUUGAAACAAAUUUCUUGUAUUCGUAAAUAAUCUCACUGUGCGAGUACUUACUUACAUCCACAUUUUGUGGCGUACUGCAGCUUCUAAUGUGUAACUUUAAUCCAUGUCCGACUUUUGCCGUAAUUUUUCUAUGAGAUACACGUUGUUGAAAUUGUGUGUGUUUUUUUAACUACACAACAGAAUCACAAUGCUUGAUAAUCAAUGGGGGUAAAAAUGUUGGGGGUUGAAAGUGAGAGGAGAGGAAAGAGAUUCCAAACACUCAAUACGGGUAGGGUGUAUUAUCCUCAACCAAAGCAGUUAUCAGAUUGGGUUAUUAAGCGGGGAUGGGGUAAUUAUAUUAGACCUAUCUCAAAGACUAAAGCAGCCGUGUAUACAUUUAUUUAUAUUUUCCAUGGAAACGAGUGAUCUUCCAUUUAAGAAUUUUUUUAAAAUUUUCUUUAUCUUUUUCUUUUAAGCAGUAACAACAUAAUUAUUACAAAAUAUGUUAAUUAAAUGUGCGUUGUGUGGACAAAAUCGCUUUAUCGUGAUUUCUUUCCAAGAAUUUUUUUUUAAACAAAUAUAUAUUUUAGCCAUUGUUUAUAUUUCCCUAUGAAAUGCAUAUAGACGUGUCAGACAAUCUGAUUGUAAGAAACACCAAAGAUGAUCCGAGUAUUAUUAUAAUAAAGAAUAUAACUUUCAAAAUAUA